UCAAUGAUUUUACAUUAUUUGUAAUUUUUACUACAAUUUUUUCUUAAGACAUGGAAACAUUGACUACUUUUCCGGAGAAAAAUAAAUGCCCUAAAGUAUGCACGGACAUAGGUGCAUUUAAAAAAGCCGAGAAAAGUCCGGAACAAGUCAAAGAAGAGAUAAAAGAGGCCGAAGAUGCUAAAGCAAAAGCCGCUGAAGAUCAAAAAGGAGGUGUCGACGAGGGCAAGGAGACUGAGCAACUGGAACCUAAGCCCGGUGCGGAACAUUACUUCGAAAUCAAACCUGGUCCCGAUGGUAAAGUUGACUGGACUCCACUCGCGGGCAUGACGGGCACCAGACCUAAAGUCAAUAAAUACUCCAUAAGUCGUUACUCUCUAAACGAAUGGCGGCAUCACAACGAAAGCGUAUUAGACCCGUCAGUAAUCACUGAAUCGAACAUAAUCGAUUAUAAUGCGAAGACGGCCAUGAUGCAAGCGUUUGGUACCGUAGAUAAACAACAGAACGACAACAACGAAAGACUGAAACAAAAAGCUAAAGAUUUGUACAGAUGGAAAGUCGAAGUCGAAAGAGCUUGUAAAGCGAUUACAGAAGAAGUGGAACUGUUAGAGAUUGAAAGACAACGUCUUAAAGGUGCUUCCAGAGUUCUAAUGUUACCGGAAUCUAUAUCUCGUGAGUGCUUGGACUUACGUUCGAACCGGUACGAACCAGAUCUGGUUUCCGACUUGGCCGAGCAGGAACUGAUAAAAGAAAUGAACCUCGUCAGCGAAGUAAGAGCUACUCUUAAAAGUACACUCGAAAAAAUUGAAGAACAGAUGUUGAUUAAUAAGGCCGCUAAACAUAGGAUCGAAUACGACUGGUGCGAUAAAAGUAUGGCCUAUGAUACAGAGACAUUGAAUAUAGGACUCAACACUAAGACGAAUACUAUACUGUUUAAACCAGGCUCCACUAGAUUUGGGGAGUUUUCAGCACCGUUGGAAUAUUGGGAAUACUUUUGUCGGGAAAAUGUGCAAAACUGUGAGGCCGCGAGACAGAAAUCUGCAGACUUACGAGGCAGCUUGAACGCAAUAUUAGUUAACGGGGGCAGAAAGUUAAGAACACAAGCUGAUAAGACUGAUAUAAUUUUAGCAGAGACUGUCGCGAUAACGCAAGAACUAUGCACCAAAUUAGAAGAAACUUUGAGAAAUACCCUACAGAAGAUCGCGGACAUGGAAUCAUUGAUAGGUGAACUUCAGAACUCUAUUCGUAAGAUGGAUGCCGCUAUGAAGUUGGCACAAACACGACUUGAUAAUCGUAACACAUUUAGAUGUCAUGGUGAAAGUGUUAGAGAUCAGCCGCAUCUAGGUUUGAUAGAAGAAGUUAAGAAGAUACACGAGACGGUGACUUCUCUUCUCGGGCAGCUGAAGAAAGCAGAGAAAGUGAGAAAAGAGUUAUGUGAGAAGAGAAUAGCAUUAGAAAAAGACAUUGCAUCGAAGAGGAAGACGUUGAAUAUUGAUAGGGACAGAUGCGGUAUGGUGCGCUCCCAUUAUCCAUCUGCUUUAGAAUUGGCUGGAUAUUAA